AUGAAGUUUUUUUCUUGUGUCCCUCGAAGACCUGCAAGUGAAAACGCUGUGCUGACUCCCGUUGUGUUGGCUGGCUUUGUAGUGCCUGUGACAUUCAACAACCAUCUACUGGACCUAUGUUCUGUUGAUAAGUGGCUGAGUCGACCGACCUCAAGGAUGUACGCGAGCGAGUAUAAUGUUUGGAAUGGUGCUGAUAUGUGGGUGAUAUCGGCACUGGGCGAUGAGCUGAAUUGUGUCUACCCGCAAUACCGUGUUAUAUUGGGAGGCCAGUGUUCUGAAAUUCCGAAUGACUUCAAUAGCCAUGAUGAUGAUGAUGAUAACUACCCAUCGUGGCAGGAUGAUUUCAUUAAGCUACUGUGCAAGAGCGAAAAACUUCAGAGUUGCCUAGCGACAGUCCUUAUGGACUUGGCGAAACGUGCUGAGAGAAUGGUUACGCAUUACAUUAAAUGUCGGUAUUUCGGUGACAUUCUUGAAAUAGUAAAUGACAAUCGUUAUAAUGAUAGCCACGUAAAGUGCGACUGUGCCCAGGAAAUUGCUUUCAACCGUUGGCCCGAACGAAGCGCAGACUUUACAGAGCUGGCAGCGAGCUACAAGUGUUUACACACAGUGGAAGAAGACGGUGCGACUGUAUGCGUACCAGCUUCACACCUCACAUGUAGACCUUCGAAAGUUUUAGAAAAUGUUGUUAAAUGUACCAAAAAGAUGGUCGGGUUAAUCGACUGA